ACCUUUCGGUUAUUUCCCCUUCCCCAAUAAGAUCAUCAAGCCUGUCCUCGUCUUAUAGAAUGAAAUGAAACUAGCCUGUUCCAUGUGCUUGCCGCGUAUGUCGGCCACGGAGAAUGGAUGUUCGCAAGGUUCAUCCGGUGUGUUCGGAAGGCCGGCUUCUUUAAAUCACAUCCGUCGAACUUGGCAAGGCUGGGAACGUCAUCUUGUUAAGUAUUGAUAUCAGCUUAUCAGCCAGACAAGUCCUCGAAACAACUCGCAAGCACGCUUUUCGAGAUGCUUCUCCUCUCGAAGAAAUCUGUCAUUUCAUUCAAAGGUGCAGAGGGCCACGAUCUGAAGGCCGUCGUUGCCCGGUAUACGAAGUCAGCAGAGCCAUCUCCCGGUGGGGCUAUUCUACUAUUCACACACGCAGUCGGAGCCCACAAAGAACAAUGGCUGCCAGUGAUUGAACGACUUUUUGCAGAUUCGGAGUUGAAUAUCAGUGAGGCGUGGUCUCUGGAUGCAGCAUGUCAUGGAGAUUCUCUGCCUUACAACAAGGACCUAAUAGAGACAGACUUACAAGCGUUAGCCGAUCUCGCUGCUUACGGAGAGGCAGUCCUUGGUUUAUUGGCCUCAGGACUCUUUCCCUAUCAAAAUCGUAAUGUUAUCGCGGUCGGACAUUCAGCUGGCUGCCAAGCGAUAGUGCGCAGCUCUAUCGCGUUUGUUAACAAAGGAGAGCCUAUACCCUUCAAGACCAUUAUCCUCGUAGAACCUGUCUUUCUCCCGGACGACAUUGGAACGUCUCUUUUGUCCCGUUACAUCAAACCAACAUCUGCUCGCAAGUGGCAAUGGAAGUCUCGUGAUGAAGCUGCCGAAUACCUCAGCUCAACAUUGCCUUGGAAGAGGUGGCACAAGGAAAUCCUCGAGGUUUACGUCGAGUAUGGAAUAGUUCAUUCCAUUUCAGGAUCGGAGCUCAAGACUCCUCCCAAAGUGGAAGCAGCAUGUUAUCCAAAUGCGAAAGCUCAAGCCGAGGGAUUGCAAAACUUACCUGCGCUUACUGAACAGCGGCCUGUCCAUGUCAUCUUCGGAACACGAUAUGACUUCGUUCCGAAGAAGCUUCGGGAUGGCUUUGUGGCCUCCUCGAAGGAUCGCCUUAGGUCCCUGCGCUCGGUGGAGGGAGCUGGCCAUAUGGUACGCAAGGGGAGGCGCAAUGAUGCAUUUCUCCUACUGAUUCCCUGGUCUUAGCUCGUUCAAGAAAAUCCUAUUGGUUGCGCGGAAGCUAUCAAAGCGGUACUGCGCGAGAGUACGCUUCUCUCACAACCUAAGCUGUGACAGAAUAGAUGGGCUAGGUCUCUUGGACUGUGAUGUUCUAUUGCUUGCCGAGAACGCCUUCGAUUGCUGUUAUGUUCCCAUUUAUCGGUAUCUUUCAGUACUGGCGUACAUAUCCAAUGAACAGACAAGAUAUCAUUUCUAUGCGCAGGGCUGUGUGAACACUUUGGCACAAUCGUCCCGUGAUAAACCAGUGAGCAGUUUCCCACUGUCAGAGGGCAUAUGUUACCGGCAUGUUACACCGUCCUAUGAAUGACAUGCGAUCGUCUGGAACUUUGGAGUCUGAGUGACUUAGUACCACCUGCCUGCCCAUCCAACAAACUUUCUUGACAAAU